AUGCCUAACCUAUUAACUGAUUACGAUGUGCUUGGAUUUGAUGCCGAUCAUUGUGUAGUGAAGUACAACACAACCCCACUAGUUGAGAUGCUAGUUGAAAGUGAAUUAGAUGAGCUUAUUGAGAUGGGGUAUCCGAAGGCUAUUAAAAACUUCUUUUUCUAAGAAUCUCCUUUAGAAAUGUGCGUCAAUGGAGCAAUCUAUGAUAUUGACAAUGGUUUAGUUGUAAAAUUAGUUGAAGGACAAGAAGUUGCAAGAGCUAUGAGAGGUUGGAGAAAUCUUAGUCAGAAAGAAAUUAAAGAGAUAUAUGGAAACCCUCCUAUUCUCAAAAGCUAUGUCUGGCCAAAUACCUCUAAUUUAUCAGGAAAAAGAGGUAGCUACUGGGUAUGUAUAACCUUUUUUGACACUCCAAAAGUUGCUCUAGUUUUGAGUGCCAUAGAAAUGAUGGAUCAAGGUCUUUUAAAAGGAAAAACAUACUUUGAUGUAGCAGAAGAUAUUAGGACUAUAAUAUACAAUAACUACAUUCAUUUCAGUGAGAAAGAGGUAAAGAAAAUAGGAUCUUACGGUCGAUUCUUCCCAACGAUUGUUGAAAAUCCAGCAAAAUAUAUUUAAUUCUAGCCCUCACUAAGAAAAUCAAUUCAAAAGCUGAAAGACAAUGGAAAGAGAUUAUUCCUUGCAACUAAUUCUCACACUGAAUACUCAAAUUUAAUAAUGACUGCCACGUUAGGUGACGAUUGGAAAGACUUCUUUGACAUUGUCUGCUGCUAUUGUAGAAAACCAUUAUUCUUUUGGGAUAUUAAAACUGAUCCAUUCUUUGAAUUAGAUUAGUCAAAAGCAAAUUAGAAGGGCAAAGCGAUUGUUGAUUAAAGUGAACUUAAAUAAGGAACAACUUAUACCUAGGGUAACAGUAGAAUUUUGACUGAAUAUUUCAAGAGAGUUUUAUAAAAAGAGGAUAUAAGAGUUGCCUUUUUUGGAGAUUAAUAUAUAUCUGAUGUUUACUCUAGUUCUCUAAAUGAAAAUUGGGAUGCUUUUGCUGUAGUGGAAGAAAUGAACCAUUACGAUGAUAGAUAUUGUGAAGGUGUUAGUCCAUUAUUAAUGAAGUAUGAAUAAUACUGGGGUGAGAGUUACUUCAUUGAAAAAUCCUUAGAUGGAAAAAGAAUUAAGAAGAACUAUUUUAUUAGCUAGGUAGAGGAUUGUGCAAGAUAUAUGCUGCCAUUGAUGAAAAAUAUUAAUCUUAUGAUGGGUGAUUCAGAUAUUUGA